CCUCCCCCACCCUCGGCGGGUCAGCGUCCGAGACUGCGUCGCGCAGCAUCGCGUCGGCCCGGCCCGGCCCGGCCCCCGGGCAGAUGCCCCGAGUUGCCGCUGUCGCCGCCGCCGACUCCGCCGGUGGCGGUGUGGGAGGUGGGCGCCUGGCCCGGGGCCGCCGAGCGUGACAGACGCGGCCGGGGCCGCCGGGGGCUGUCGGGGCCGCGCGCGGACCAUGUAUUUCCUAAGCGGCUGGCCCAAGAGGCUGCUCUGCGCGCCGCGGAGCCCGGCCGAGGCGCCGCUCCAUGUCCAGUCUGACCCUCGGAGAGCGUUCUUCGCCGUGCUGGCCCCGGCCCGCCUCAGCAUCUGGUACAGCCGACCCAGUGUGUUAAUUGUAACAUACAAGGAACCAGCUAAAUCAUCUGCUCAGUUUGGAUCUUACACACAAGCUGAAUGGAGGCCGGACAGUACCAUGAUAGCAGUGUCAACAGCAAAUGGCUACAUCUUGUUUUUUCAUAUUACAUCUUCAAGAGGGGAUAAAUACCUUUAUGAACCAGUGUAUCCCAAAGGAAGUCCACAAAUGAAGGGGAUACCUCAUUUUAAGGAAGAACAUUGUGCCCCAGCAUUGAAUUUAGAAAUGAAGAAAAUACUGGAUUUGCAAGCACCCAUCAUGAGUUUGCAGUCUGUGCUGGAAGAUCUCCUUGUUGCAACUUCUGAUGGACUUCUUCAUCUUAUUCAUUGGGAAGGAAUGACAAAUGGAAGAAAAGCCAUCAAUCUCUCUACAGUACCCUUUUCAGUAGACCUUCAGUCAUCUAGAGUAGGUUCAUUCCUCGGCUUUGCAGAUGUGCACAUUAAAGAUAUGGAAUAUUGUGCCACACUUGAUGGAUUUGCUGUUGUGUUUAAUGAUGGUAAAGUUGGAUUUAUUACACCAGUAUCGAGUAGAUUUACUGCAGAGCAGCUUCAUGGAGUUUGGCCACAAGAUGUUGUUGAUGGGACUUGUGUUGCAGUAAAUAACAAAUACCGACUGAUGGCCUUUGGUUGUGCAAGUGGUUCUGUGCAAGUCUAUACAAUAGACAACACUACUGGAGCCAUGCUGCUGUCUCAUAAACUAGAGCUUACAGCAAAGCAGUAUCCUGACAUCUGGAACAAAACAGGAGCUGUUAAAUUGAUUAGAUGGUCUCCUGACAACAGUGCUGUAAUAGUAACCUGGGAAUAUGGAGGUCUUUCUCUAUGGAGUGUGUUUGGAGCCCAGCUGAUUUGUACACUUGGAGGAGACUUUGCUUACAGGUCAGAUGGUACCAAAAAAGAUCCCCUUAAGAUCAACUCCAUGAGCUGGGGUGCAGAAGGCUAUCACCUAUGGGUAAUCAGUGGAUUUGGUUCUCAGCACACUCAAACUGACACUGACCUCGGGAGUGCAGUUAAAGAGCCCAGCAUUUUGUUAUUUCAGUUUAUCAAGAGUGUACUCACUGUAAACCCUUGUAUGAGUAACCAAGAACAGGUGUUACUUCAGGGAGAAGAUCGCUUAUACUUGAACUGUGGAGAAGCCUCACAGACCCAAAAUCUGAAGUACUCCUCAGCACGCACUGAGCAUAUGCCCAGACACGGGAAGAGCCCAUUUGCAGAUGGAGGUCUAGAGGCUCCAGGAUUAAGCACUUUACUUGGACAUCGACAUUGGCAUGUUGUACAGAUUUCCAGCACCUAUCUAGAAAGCAAUUGGCCUAUACGGUUUUCAGCUAUUGAUAAACUUGGACAAAAUAUCGCUGUGGCUGGCAAGUUUGGAUUCGCGCAUUAUUCUUUACUUACCAAGAAAUGGAAACUUUUUGGAAACAUUACUCAGGAGCAAAAUAUGAUUGUGACUGGUGGCCUAGCCUGGUGGAAUGACUUUAUGGUCCUUGCCUGUUACAACUUAAGUGACCGCCAAGAAGAGCUCAGAAUCUACCUACGAACAUCAAACCUGGACAAUGCCUUCGCUCAUGUCACCAAAGCACCAAUAGAAACAUUACUGCUUAGUGUCUUCCGGGACAUGGUGGUAGUGUUUAGAGCAGACUGUUCAAUAUGCCUCUACAGUAUUGAAAGAAAAUCUGAUGGUUCGAAUACGACAGCGAGUGUUCAGGUUCUUCAGGAGGUCUCCAUGUCGAGGUACAUUCCUCAUCCCUUCCUGGUGGUGUCUGUCACACUGACGUCAGUGAGUACAGAGAAUGGCAUCACCUUGAAAAUGCCACAACAGGCUCGUGAUGCAGAGAGCAUAAUGCUGAACCUUGCAGGACAGCUCAUCAUGAUGCAGAGGGACCGGUCAGGUCCUCAGAUCCGGGAGAAGGACAGUAACCCUAGCCAAAGGAAACUCCUGCCGUUCUGCCCUCCCGUUGUACUAGCUCAGUCAGUGGAAAAUGUCUGGACCACCUGUCGAGCAAACAAACAGAAGCGGCACCUUCUGGAGGCCCUCUGGCUGAGCUGUGGUGGUGCGGGGAUGAAGGUUUGGCUGCCUCUCUUCCCCAGGGAUCACCGCAAGCCCCACUCCUUCUUGUCCCAGCGGAUCAUGCUGCCUUUCCACAUCAACAUUUACCCCCUCGCCGUUCUGUUUGAAGACGCGUUGGUCCUUGGUGCUGUCAAUGACACUCUGCUCUAUGAUUCUCUGUAUACACGGAACAGUGCUAGGGAGCAGCUGGAGGUGCUCUUCCCCUUCUGCGUUGUGGAGAGAACCUCUCAGAUCUACCUCCACCAUAUCCUCCGCCAGCUCCUGGUCAGGAACCUUGGCGAGCAAGCCCUCCUUCUGGCUCAGUCGUGCGCUGCGUUACCUUACUUCCCUCAUGUGUUGGAGCUCAUGCUCCAUGAAGUGCUGGAAGAAGAAGCUACCUCACGGGAGCCCAUUCCCGACCCACUGCUUCCCACCGUGGCGAAGUUUAUCACCGAGUUCCCCCUUUUCCUUCAGACAGUCGUGCACUGCGCCCGGAAGACUGAGUAUGCGCUGUGGAAUUACCUUUUUGCAGCUGUUGGGAACCCCAAGGACUUAUUCGAGGAAUGUUUGAUGGCUCAGGAUUUGGACACAGCUGCCUCUUACCUUAUUAUCCUACAGAAUAUGGAAGUCCCCGCAGUAAGUAGGCAGCAUGCCACCCUCCUGUUCAACACAGCACUGGAACAGGGCAAAUGGGACCUGUGUCGACACAUGAUUCGAUUUCUUAAAGCCAUUGGUUCUGGAGAAUCUGAGACCCCUCCAUCCACACCUACAUCUCAGGAGCCCAGUUCAAGUGGUGGCUUUGAGUUCUUCAGGAAUCGGAGCAUCAGUUUAUCCCAGUCAGCUGAAAAUGUUCCUCCUGGUAAAUUCGGCUUACAGAAAACUCUAAGUAUGCCAACUGGUCCUUCUGGGAAAAGGUGGAGCAAAGACAGCGACUGUGCGGAGAACAUGUACAUCGACAUGAUGCUGUGGCGACACGCUCGGCGUCUCCUAGAAGACGUGCGCCUGAAGGACCUGGGCUGCUUUGCAGCCCAGCUAGGCUUUGAACUCAUCAGUUGGCUUUGCAAAGAACGCACUCGAGCCGCCCGUGUGGACAACUUUGUAGUAGCCCUGAAGAGACUGCACAAGGAUUUCCUGUGGCCUCUUCCCAUUAUCCCAGCCUCUUCCAUUAGUUCCCCUUUCAAAAAUGGGAAAUGUCGAGCAGUGGGAGAGCAGCUGUUGAAGCCUCAGUCAGCUGACCCUUUCCUUACCCCUGAGAUGGAUGCCGGCAUCUCUACCAUCCAACGCAGUCAGAGCUGGCUCAGCAGCAUUGGCCCCACCCAUCGUGACGCAGACAUAGCCUCACCUCCUGGACCCCAGAUGCAAGAUGCUUUCCUCUCACCAUUAUCUAAUAGAGGGGAUGAGUGCAGCAUCGGCUCAGCUACAGACUUGACUGAAAGCAGCUCCAUGGUGGAUGGAGACUGGACAAUGGUGGACGAAAACUUCUCCACUCUCAGCUUGACUCAGUCUGAGCUGGAGCACAUCUCCAUGGAGCUGGCAAGCAAAGGGCCCCACAAAUCUCAAGUUCAGCUGCGUUAUCUGCUGCACAUUUUCAUGGAGGCAGGCUGUCUGGACUGGUGUGUUGUCAUCGGCCUGAUCCUCAGAGAAUCCUCAGUGGUCAGUCAGAUUCUUGGGAUUGCUCAGUCUUCAGAGAUGGAUGGAGAGAUGUUACAGAACAUAAAAGCAGGGUUGCACGCUGUAGACCGAUGGGCCUCUACAGACUGCCCUGGAUAUAAGCCAUUUUUAAACAUCAUUAAGCCACAACUGCAGAAGCUCAGUGAGAUAACAGAAGAGUUGGUCCAGCCUGACACCUUCCAGCCAAUAACAGUGGGUAAGACUCCUGAACAGACCAGCCCCCGGGCAGAGGAGAGCAGGGGCUCUUCCAGCCAUGGGAGCAUCCCUCAGAGUGAGACUGGGAGUAACAACAGCAUGGUCAGCCGGAAAGAAGAGGACACGACACAAGCAGAUGAAGAGGAGCCAUUUCAGGAUGGGGCUUAUGACUGUUGUGUGUCCUGACAGCUGUGAGCAACUUCAGAGCAGGCAGUAUUAGUCACAGCGGCGUGCACCAGAGCACGUGUGACCUGCUGAGUGGUGGAACAGGUAAAAGAGCUUGGGUCGGAACUCUGUCAUAAAGUGUUAUAAUUUAAUGAAUUCUUCCUCUAAAUCUCUUUGACUCCAUUUAAAAAAAGAAGUGUGGUAUCAAAGCCUCUUUUUAAGCUGCAGUAGAAAGUAAUAAGCAGUAUAUAGACGCACAUGCACAUGUAAUAUUUGAUUUUCUUCAGUUUGUAAUUGUAGGAAUUAUUCAUAACGGAUCGUUAGUGUAGGGAUUACUUUGCCCCAAGUGAGCUUAUUUUUUCACUUAUAUGGCUUAUGUAUUUUCUGGUUCAGCGUGUCUGACUGGUUUUGUCCUGUGGGUGGGUUACCUUUCUUUAAAUGAGUGCUAAGGCGCUUGCUGCAGCUCGUCAGGUGCCUGAGCGACUGUCUGCUUCCGUGUGGUGUGGAGUCAGCCGGACCCUUACUUGGUCCUUCGAAUCCUGCGCUUGUAAGGAAGGCUCAGUGGACAGACACCUUGUGACUUUGGUACGUUGUUCACCAGCAGUCCUGGGUUGAUGGAAGCCAGUUACCUGUGACUUAAUGUGCCUGUUUUAGCAAGCUUAAUUCCUUCUAGAUCAGUGUGGGCAGAGGGGGAGGGGUUCUUAUCAAUUAUGCUGACACCACUAAAUUUUUGUAUCAAAGAACUGUAUCUUUUUGUGAAUAUUCAUGUACAUAUACUCAAAGGCACUGUCCAUAUUUUUAAGGUGUGUAUUAUAAUCUGUGAGGUUUACGCUGGAUUCUGCAUGACUAUACUCACUCUUGGAAUAAAGACAAGAUUUUCUUCUUUCCAAAAUGAGCAGUCAUCAUAGAGGAAGACAGGUUUGUUGGCCCAGCUGUAAAGUAGUAGUCAUCCCACUGAUCAUGAGGGGAACAGGUUUUGUGCAAAUUAAUGUAGUUUCUUAUUUAUUGCUUUUGUAAAUUGAAUAAAAUGGGCUUUUAUGUAAAUAGACUGUGGGAUCCUGUAUUAUCAGCUACUAAAAAUUAGUUUGUAAAUUCUUUAUUAUAAAGUUUAAAAAUAUUUUAUGUAUUUCUAGAUGUGACUUAAAUUUUAGUUUUCAUACAUUAUGAAAGCAGAACUACAUAUUCAGUUGCUUCAGACUAAACACAUACCUACCACAUGUAAUUCUAAUUAUUAAUAACAGUAUUAAUUUAGAUAGCUUAUUUGUACUGUGCAAUUUGAACAAGGAAUGCAAUGUUAUUUUUUAUAAAAUCUUGUUUAUUUUUAUAACAACAAUGUAUUUGAAGUGGACCAAAUUCGUACCACCGUGUAAAACAGCCUCUCUUAUAAUGCAGAUGUUGCUUAGAAAUGGAAUUCAGCCCUUUGUUCCUGCCUUCUAAACUAAAGAGAUAGACUGCAUCCUCUUAGGCAGUACCUUUAGAGGAAACCUCAGAAUUAUUUUGAAAUUAUUUCAAAUUUCACCACCUAGUUAAAAUUAUUGAAUUUAGUAAUUACUGUUAUUUCCUUUCUACAUUAGAAGUGCAAUAAUUUUAUAUAAUAAAAUCCCUGAAUGGGUGAAAUAUGUUGCUAUUGGUA